CGCCAGGCACAGCCUUGAGCUCGCGGGCUCGGGGCGGGGCCAACCCGCGGGUGCCGUUUCCCCGGCAACACUGCCCCGCCCUCCGCCGGCUCCCAGGAUGCUCCGCGCCCCGCGGGACCCUGGCGGGUGGAGGGACCGGCGGAAGGUGACUUGAUGUUCUGGGAUAACAGCAGAAAAAGCGGAUGGCAUUGUAGAUUAGUUACAAGUUAAUUUCAAUUUUGUCUUCUCCAUACUCAUAGUGAACAGUCAAUCAUAAAAUGGAGGCGUUGGGUACUCUUCUUCCUCCCAUGGCUGGAAUUGAGGAUACCGCUGAUACACAAAACUUGCAGAAACUUCUGAUUGACGAAAGAAUGCGAUGUGAAUCCUAUAAAGUAAAUUAUCAAAAUGUGAAGGCAGAAAAUCUAAGAUUACAGGAGGAAUAUACAAAAUCACAAGAUGAACUGAAGCGACUGUUAGCUGAAAAGCAGACUGUACACGAGAAAAUUCAGCAGCUUUUUUCUGAAUAUCAAGAGGAGUUGCUGGGUAAAACACGAGAGCUGGAAAACCUGAAGAUGCAGGUGAUAACUCCUCAAAAAUUAGAACUGUUAAAAGCACAAAUACAGGAGGAACUAGAAUCUUCUAUGGCAGAACUUCAUCAGAAGCUAGAAAAUGAAGUGGAAAAAUACAGAACAGAAUAUAACAAACUUCGCUAUGAACAUGCUUUUCUGAAGUCAGAAUUUGAACAUCAACAGGAAGAGCAUUCACGGAUUUUAGAAGAGAAGAAAAUACGAUAUGAGGCUGAGGUGGCAAAGUUGGAUAAAGAUAAAGAAGAACUCUAUAAACAGCUGCAUAGUGUUGAUCCCACGAGGGACAGUAAACGCAUGGAGGCACUCUCUAGAGAAAAGGCACAACUGAUUCAGAAAAUAAAAGGCUUAGAAGCAGAAUUAGAAGAACUAAGAGCAGAAAAAGACAAUUGUAGGGUGCAAGCAGAAAGUGUUCAAAGAGUACAAGUCCGGCAGUUAGCUGAGAUGCAGGCUAUGGCAAGAUCUUUGGAGACAGAAAAGAAGUCUGCUGAACUACAGAUUGAUCGAAUUGAGAAAGAAUUGCAGAUGAGUCAUGAACAAAACUUUCUCUUAACUACUAAACUUCAUAAAUCGGAACGAGAAGUAAAUUCCUUAGUUACCAAAGUAGAAGAACUUACACAUUCACAUAAAUUGGAAGUAACAAAUGUCAAACUGGAGGCAGCAAGAACAAAGAGUGAAAUAGAAAAAGAGAGAAACAAGAUUCAAAGUGAAAUGGAUGGAUUGCUGUCAGACGUGGAAAUUCUCAAGGCAGCUGUUGAACAUCAUAAGGAGCUUUUAGUAGAAAAGGAUCGGGAGCUAAUUCGUAAAGUGCAAGCUGCCAAAGAGGAAGUUUCUGAAAAAAUUGCAGUCUUACAGGGUGAAAAGUUAGAACUUGAGAACAAAUUAGCUGAUCUAGAGAAGAUGAAACUGGAACAAGAUACUUUGAGACAGUCUGAAAAGGAUCAGUAUGAAGAGAAACUACGUUUCUUACAGACGAUUGAGGAAUCUAGCAAGAAGGAACUUCAGUGUUUGCGAUUACAAAUUCAACAGCGAGAUAUUCAGACAGAGGAGUUGGAAGAAAUGAAAAUAGAAAGCGCUGAUCUGAAACAACAAAUUCAUGACAUGCAACUCCAGAUUGCCUCACUUUCUCAAUCAGAAAAGAAUUUGCUGGAGUCUAAUCAGAAGCUGCAGGAAAAAAUAGAGAUAUUGAAACAAGAAUGUCGACAUGCAAGGAAUCAGGCUGAAAAAGCUCAACUAGAAGCAGAGAAGACUUUCGAAUACAAACGAAUGGAAUGGCUGGAGGAGAAGCACCUUCUUACUCAGCGCAUGACAGAGAAAGAAGAUAAAUAUGACCAAAUGAAGAACAAGCUAUGUCGAGCUGCUGUUGCUCAGAAAAAGAGAAAGACUCUCAAUGAUAAUAAGCAAAGGAGGAUGAGAGAGAAGCUAGAACUUUUAGAAGCCAAGAUAGAAGAACUAGAAAAAGAAAAUCAGGUGCUAAAUAGGCAGAAUUUUUCCUCUGAAGACUAUGCACGCCUCCAGAAGAGACUAAAGGACUUGCAACGUAGGCACAAUGAAUUCCGGAGUCUAAUUCUGAAUCCAGUUGGUACAAUGUUGUCGUCUGCCUUGCCUCCUGGGCCUGAAGUGUCCUUCUCUCUUUUUCAGGAGGAACAGCAUCAAAGGGAGCUUUCCCUGCUUCGCAAGCGGUUGGAAGAACUAGAAACCACACAGAGAAAACAGCUGCAAGAUCUUGGACCAUCCAGAGAGCGAGUACUGGUGGGUGCACACAGGAACUUGGCUACAAACAAGGUCACUGGAGAAGGCGAUGACCAGAGUGAGGACUAUAAAUAAAAGCAGCAAACUCUGUGCUGUUAGUGGUCA